AUGCCUUAUCGUGGGAAACCAUCCCAGGGAUGUGAAGAGUGUCGUAAACGGCGCAAGAAGUGUGACCUCCGACCAGGUGGCUGUGGACGCUGCGCCAACGCACAUCGUCAAUGUCCUGGUUAUCCCCAGCAGGAAGGGUUGAGAAUACUUGACCAGAGUGCCGAAGUCGUCGCCAAAGCUCUUGGUGUUCGCUCCAAGAGACAAACACCAGAAGCAGUCGACGACUUCGACAUUUCUUGCCAACCAGAAUUCUCGCUGGGCUCGGACAGAGGUUCGUCCGCUGCUCACUCGUCUUCAGCCAUCUCCGCUCAUGUGUCUCCUUCCAUGGAUAGCGAAGACCUGUCUUUUGCCUUCUUCUUCAACAAUUGUGUCAUUAAUCAUAACGUUCAUUUCAGCUGUGUCCAUGCACCCGACAACAACCAUCUCGUUGCCAGCAUCAAAGCUUUCGGCAUUGCCAACUUGUCCAAGCACUACUCUGACAAGCGCCUGCUUACCUCCGCACAGCAGCAAUACGCUACCGCGUUGAAUCUUACAAACCUCGCUCUUCGAGAUCCGUCCCAGGUCAAGCGAGAUGAGACCCUACUCGCAAUCCUCGUCCUCACCAACUACGAGACUCUCACAGGUGGCGUCACACGUACUCUGGACGCAUGGGAGCAGCAUGUCAAUGGUUCGGCGUCUUUACUCAGCCUUCGUGGUCUGGACGGUGUCCAAGGAACCUCGGGCCGCGUACUCACUCUGCAUGUCAUCACCGGGAUCAACGUUAUAUGUCUGCUUCGCAACCUGCCCACUCCGCCCUUCGUCCAUCUCCUCCAGUCCAAGAUCUUUGAGUAUCUCUACGAGCCAGACAACCCUGCAAUAAGAUACCAACGGAUCAAUCUCGAAUGUGCGGACUUUAGACACGCUGUCACUCACUGUCAAAUCACGUCACCCGAGGAGAUCAUAUCUCGCGUAGCUGAGUUGGAUGCAAAGCUCACUGGGGCAUUCGCCAAGGUGCCUUCAGGCUGGAAAGGCGAGAUCAUUACACGAUUUGUCCACAGAAACUCUGCCGAGGCUGGCUUACCUGGCUUUGAGCUGCGGUAUGCAGAUCAGGCGACGAACUACAUAUGGGCGUCGUACCGGUCGAGUCGCAUCAUGGUUAACGAAAUUGUGCUUCAGUCGAUAGCGAACGACUCGGAUGCACAUCAGUCGGCGCGGGCCCGUUCACAAACCAUUAUGCGACAAUGUCAGACCGAGAUACUGGCUGGGAUGCCACAGUACACCUCCAAGAACGAUGAAAUGUUGCCAUGGUCAGGCUUCAAACGUCCGGUCCGCUACUUUGUACCUGAGGCUGCCUCGAGUGACCUUCCGAUCAUGCGCGCUCUGUCUGGUUAUGGCGUGUUAUGGCCCUUGUUUGUUGCUGGUUCGAGUUCUAUAGCCACUGUUGAGACGAAGACUUAUGUGGCAGAAGUAUAUCGAUACUUUGGAGAGCAAUUAAAGAUUGAGCAAGCCCUGGUACUGCGCAAGAUGAUCUUCGCGUUGUUCAAGGUCGCUCCGUCGGCAGAGCCUAAAUCUGGGGCGGAUAAGUGGUUCUGA